AAAAGGUUUGCGACCGUACUCUCGCUUUCCGGCCAACACAACAGUUGCUUGAAGGCUGGUUGAGGUGGUGAGGCCCGAGGCAGCUUCUGGAAUUUCUGAGCAGCCCCGGUCAGUACAAGAUGGACCCUGUAGUCUUGAGUUACAUGGACAGUCUACUGCGGCAAUCAGAUGUUUCGCUUUUGGAUCCUCCAAGCUGGCUCAAUGACCGUAUUAUUGGAUUUGCCUUUGAGUACUUUGCCAACAGUCAGUUUCGUGACUGCUCUGACCAUGUCUGCUUCAUCAGCCCUGAAGUCACACAGUUCAUCAAGUGCACUAGCAGUCCAGUAGAGAUCGCCAUGUUCCUUGAGCCCCUGGACCUACCCCACAGGGGAAUUGUGUUUCUAGCCAUCAAUGAUAAUUCCAACGAGGCAGCUGGGGGAACCCACUGGAGUUUGUUGGUUUAUCUCCAAGAUAAAAAUAGCUUUUUUCAUUAUGAUUCCCAUAGCAGGAGCAACUCCCUCCAUGCCAAGCAGGUAGCAGAGAAACUGGAGGCUUUCUUAGGCAGAAAAGGAGACAAACUGGCCUUUGUGGAAGAGAAAGCCCCUGCUCAACAAAACAGCUAUGACUGUGGGAUGUAUGUGAUAUGUAACACUGAGGCCUUGUGUCAGAACUUCUUCAGGCAACAGCCAGAAUCACUGUUGCAGCUACUCACUCCUACAUACAUCACAAAGAAAAGGGGAGAAUGGAAAGAUCUCAUUGCCAAACUUGCUAAAAAUUAGAUCUUGAAGUAUAUUUGUGACUUUUGAAGUCUCCUCUCUCUGCCUGUCCCCUUUUAUUAGAUGGCUGCAAUCUCAGUGCCUGAGGGGAGAUGCCUGGUAAAAGGAAGCUGUUGUUCUUAUUUUUUCCUGAAAGAAUGUUGUCCUCUGCAUUAUCCUAAUGGAAAGUUUCACUUUAACCCUAACUUGAGAGCAAUAUGUUCUGUGAAAAUGUCUUAAAGUUAUGCACUAAAACCUUAAAACCAAGCUAUCUUUUAACAUUUAUUAAUUCCCUUUUGGUCUCCCUUAUCCACAUUGGCUCAUUCCAGAGGAAAAGCAGUGAUCUGUAAACAAACCACGCAUAUAAGAAAUCUAGAGAAAUGCAGGAAGAACACUGCAGAGGAACCAAAACCUUACUGCACAGCCCACAUAUUUAAAGAGACCAGCUGGCUAGAAACAGAUCAAGACUUAACCUAAUUCAAGAUCUAAAUAUUAUGAGAAUCAAUUAUUUAGUUCUGUGGUAAUCUCUUCCAUUCACCAUGCAAAGGCUUUCCCAGCUAUCUCUGUAACCUUUGCAGAUAUUUGAUAAAGGUGAUGGUAGCCCAUCUUCCCCCAUCUGAUUUCCUGGAAGGCUUU